GGUGUGUCUUGGUAAGUGAGUAAACCACACAAAUUUGCUUCCAUGAAGCUAUAGGAUUCUGGAGUGAUGUAGGUGUGUCUCUUGAGUAUAUAAAUAAGCAGAAAUGUGCCAUACUUCAAGGUGUGCCAGCGUGAUUUUUACAAGACAGCAAAAGGUUUCAGAAAGCACUAGGAAACAUGAAGACCAAACAUUUUGCUUUGCUGUGUAUCCUCAUGAUGUUCUGUCAACUGCUGCAAGCUGACAGUGAAACAGUGAAAGAGAGAAAAAGAGAGAGACUGCAUAAUGGCAGAGGGGGAAGAGCCCAGGCUGCACAUAAUAAGAAUGCCAAGGGCCAGAGAAACAGAGGACAAAGAGGCUCUCCCACAAAAGGGAAGUUUAUAACUAAAGAGAAGGCUGAAUGUUCCUGGACUUUAAAUGAGAAAGAGACCACUUUGCUAAAGGUAGACUGCAAAAAAGGAGAAGAUGCCUUUUCCUGUGCUUUUUCUGGCAGCCCACCUACCUGCCCAUGGUAUGCAGAAAACCAGAAGGUCUUCUGGAAGGAAAUCACUCGAUCUCUAAAGAAACAAAAGAAUCUCUGUAAGGACCCCAAGACUCUUUUAAAAUCUAAAGUCUGUAAGAGCGGGCCACCUACUGCCCAUCUUAGAUUGAUUAUGGAGGCCAAGCCAGAGACCCCAAUAUCCAAACAGCCAGAGAAAGAAUCCAGUGAUUGUGUGGAAGAUAUUGAUUAUGUGGAUCAGAAAAAGGUGGCUGAAGAGUACUGCUCUGAGAUGUGGCAAAACCUUUGCUACUUCAUCAUUUCAAUGAUACAAGACAAAAAAUGCAAUUAGAAAUGGACCGAGGGCCUCGAGUUAUGGGCACAACUGUCUUGCAAACAGUAUCCAGAGCAAACAAUCUGAAUUAGUGUCUGGUGCAUCCAGUCAAACUCCAAUUGUAAAAGUAAAUGCAAUGUGUUUUGUUCUUUUACUAAAAAAAAUAUGUUACUGUAACUAUUAAUCCUCUCCACCAGUCACCCAACCCUUCCUUCCUCUGUGUAACUUGGGAGAAAAGUGUCAAAUGAAAGGGAUAAAUCUAAUGGAAGGGUUGCCAGCAAUUGCUUUCUAUGUCAUAAUAUGCAAUAUGAAUACAAAGGCACAUUUUUAUAAGGCCAAUUUGAUGCUUUCACAUCAGUGCCCAAGAUGUCUAAGAACACUUUAUCAAGCAAGAUGGGAAGAAAAGGAAGUCUAGGUGGUGGGGGUGAUAUAUUGUAUUUAGGAAAGGAAGAGUAAAAAUGAGCCUUUUCAUCAAAGAUACAAUAAAACUAUUUUUCAAUGGAUCUCAGGGGUGUCUGGUGGUGGAAAAAUAUUAAAAAAGUCAAUAUGGAGGCCACAGCCGUGUAAUCAAAGUUUCAUUCCCAUUGUGGCACAGGUAAAAGAGGGCCAGGCUUGGAUAAAAUGGAUUUGUAUAGUGAGCUAUGCAAAAGUUACAAAGAUGUGAAAAGUUCCAUGUAUUGCUUCAUUCUUUCCUGUAUAUUUCUAGUCAAAAUGAUUAUUUCAGCGCUAUGCACUUUUUUUUUACUUUUGAAUGUACAUUGCUAAAAAUAAAGCCUUUUAAAAUUGUU